GCCAUACAGCAAGAAAAAAAGAAAAGAAGAAAUGUUGAAGAGUUGCACCAAAAAGUUAGGGAAAAGUUAAGAAUAACAGAAGAGCAAUAUAGGAUAGAAGCUGAUGUGACAAAACAAAUGAAACUGGCUAUCAAAUCAGCGGAGGUGGAAUUGAAGACAGGAGGAAAUAAUUCAAAUCAGAUUUCUGAAACUGAUGAAAAAGAAGAAGACCUGCUGCAUGAAAACCUCUUGAUGCAAGAUGAAAUUGCCAGGCUCAGGCUGGAUAUAGACACAAUAAAAAACCAAAACCUGGAAAAGAAAUACUUAAAAGACUUUGAAAUUGUGAAAAGAAAGCAUGAAGACCUUCAAAAGGCUGUAAAACGGAGUGAGGAAACAUUAGCAAAAAUGAUUGCCUGUUAUAGUGGACAGCUUGCUGCUCUGACAGAUGAAAACACAACACUCCGUUCCAAUCUGGAGAAGCAAAGAGAGAGCAGGCAAAGACUGGAAACAGAAAUGCAAUCAUACCGUUGUAGACCGAAUGCUGCCCUAUGUGAUCGUGAUCAAAGUCACUCAUCAAAAAGAGACCAAGAGCUUGCUUUCCAGGGCACAGUAGAUAAAUGGUGUCAUUCACUGGACAAUUUUAAUUCUUGCGUUCUGAUUCUUUCUCAGCAAAUUUCUAAAGCUGAGAGUAAGUCCAGAGUCCUCAAAACUGAGCUCCAUUACACAAGAGAGGCUCUGAAAGAAAAGGCUUUGGUUUUUGAACACGUGCAAAGUGAGCUAAGGCAAAAACAGAGUCUAAUGGAGGACAUUGAAAAAAUGUACAAAAGUGGAUACGAUACAAUGGAAAAAUGCAUAGAAAAGCAGGAAAGAUUUUGUCAACUAAAAAAACAAAAUAUGUUGCUUCAACAGCAACUGGAUGAUGCUUGCAACAAAGCUGACAAUCAAGAAAAAGCAAUACUUAAUAUUCAAGCCAGAGGUGAUGCUAGAGUACAAAACCUUCAAGCUGAGUGCAGAAAGCGCCGUCUUUUACUAGAAGAAGACAAUAAAAUGUUGGUCAAUGAAUUGAAUCAUUUGAAAGAACAAGAAUGCCAAUAUGAAAAAGAGAAAGCAGAAAGAGAAGUAGCUGUGAGACAGCUUCAACAAAAACGAGAUGAUAUCUUAAACAAACAAUCAGCAACAGAAGCUUUGCUGGAUGCUUCAUCACGUGACUGCAUCUAUUUAGAAAAUGAGAUGCAGGAUUCAAGGAAGAAAUUAGGCCAGAUGAGAACUCAAUUUCAAGAAAUACGGGAUCAACUUAUAGCUACUAUAAGAUGUACUGAGGAGAUGGAAGGCGACGCACAAAAGCUUGAAGUAGAAAAUGCCAUGAUGAGAAAAACUAUUAAAAAUACAGGAUGACCAAAUUGAGCGGCUUGAGAAAAUCCUGCAGCAUUUAAGUUUGAUGCGGCAGGUGUUCAAGAGCUAGAUGAAGAUAUGGACAUUUAUGGAAUUACAGAGCCCCCUCUACAUUGAGCACAAGACAGUGACGAAUCCACAUUCUUCAGCCAGAAAGUCACCUCUGAGAGCCAAAUGCCUGACGAUAGACAGGAGAGUCAGAGAAUGAUAACGACAUCUCAGGAAAAUUGUGAAAAUAAUCAGCAACCAUAUGUGGAUAACCCUUUCAAA